GUCCGUCUGUCGAUUGUCACUAUCUGUGUUGGACGAGCACGGCGCGACUUCACCCUCAGCCUGGAAUUGACUCUCCCGUUUCCUUAGGGCACCUCAUCUCCGGGCGCAGUAAGUGGCAGCCCUGUUGAUUCCUGUCGGCAUCCACCAUACCCAUGUCCAAUAUGUUUUCGUUCGAUUCCGCCCCCGGCGCCGCGUCCAAGGGAGGCCUUUUUGGGUCUGCCGGCACGAAUUCUGGCUCGGGCGCAGGCUCGGGUAACCUCUUUGGAAAUGUAGGAGCUCCGGCGAGCGGCACUUCCUCGCCUUUGUUCGGGGGCGCCGCUGGCAGUGGUGCUGGAACAGGCACAAGCGGUGCUUCGCCUUUCAGUUUUGGAACUCAGAACAAGCCUGCGGCCUCGGGUUUGUUCGGCAACACAUCGCAAACUCCCAACAAGUCCACUGAAACUGCCAGCUCAGGACAGACAGCCACGAGCGGGCUCUUUGGAAAUGCAUCGAAGCCAGCUGGGGGUUUAUUUGGCAACGCCGCUUCUACGCCCGGUCAGACUGGAGGUUCUUUGUUCAACAAUGCCUCGUCUACGACGCCCGCCGGCCCUCCCCCGCAGGGAGCGACUGGCCAAACACCAUCGCUCUUUGGACAGGCAGCACAAAAGCCCGGUGGUCUCUUCGGAACCCUGACUUCGACAACUCCAACAACUUAUACCACCUCAUCGACCACUCCGGCUUCUACGGCCGCUACAGCCUCCGCUGCUACACCAGCGCUGUUCGGAGGCGCCACCGCUAACACCGCUACCGCUCCGCAGCAGCCAUCGACCGGAGGUCUUUUCGGGGGAAAUGCAGCACAGAAACCCGCCUUUGGUUCUAACCCGGCGCCUUCUACGGGGGGCAAUCUUUUCGCAAACGCCAAACAGCCGGACGCCACUCCAAACACUUUGUUUGGAAAACCUCCUAGCGCGCUACCGACCACCACGCCAGCAGCAACAGCAGGAGGCGGUGCGCAGACAUCUUCUCUCUUCAAGGCCCCGACGUCUGGAGCUGAUGCCACCAAGCCAGUCUUCCCCUCUCUUACGGGGACUCCAUCUUCGACCCCACAGUCCACCACGACCCCAGCUUCCUCUGCUACUCCGCAGAAUUCUCUCUUCCCGGCCCUAGGUGGAGCCACCUCGUCGGCAACUCCGUCGUCGACACCUGCUGCUUCUGGUGGCUUGUUCGGUGGACUGGGUGGUGCCAAGUCUACAGCCACGACGACUCCUGCCACUACUGCCACCGCAGCCCCAGCGGCGCAGCCCGCAGCAGCUACCGGCGGGCUGUUCGGCAAGCCCGCCGAGAGCACCCCGUCUACGCAACCUGCGAGUACGACUACCAGCACUUCUGCUACGACUGCCGGCGACAAGCCCUCCCUGGCCGCUCCCCUGGGUGGUGCCCCUUCAACCACCACCGGCACAGCAGGCACUACCGGCGCGACCAGCGCGACGGGAGGCCUUGGCCUUGGUGCAUCCACUGCAGGGCCGACUCCUCCCGCCCAGUCCCGCCUAAAGAACAAAACUAUGGAUGAGAUCAUCACCCGGUGGGCAACGGACUUGACCAAGUAUCAGAAGGACUUCCGCGAGCAAGCGGAGAAGGUCGCGGAAUGGGAUCGGAUGUUGGUGGAAAAUGGUACCAAGGUUCAGAAAUUGUACGGUAGCACGGUGGAUGCCGAGCGGGCGACUCAAGAAGUGGAGCGUCAGCUGGCUUCUGUCGAGGGCCAGCAGGAAGAGCUCGGCUCGUGGCUUGACCGGUACGAGCGCGAAGUGGACGAGAUGAUCUCCAAGCAAGUUGGACCUGGUGAAACCCUCCAGGGACCCGACCAGGAGCGUGAAAGGACAUAUAAGAUGGCGGAGAAGCUAUCGGAGCGUUUGGACGAAAUGGGCAAGGAUCUGACCAGCAUGAUUGAAGAAGUCAAUGGUGCGUCAGCGACCCUAAGCAAGACGAACAAGGCCGACGAGCCGAUCUCGCAAAUCGUCCGCAUCCUCAACUCACACCUGGCGCAACUGCAAGUCAUCGACGUGGGCACCAGCGAGCUGCAGGCCAAGGUGAACGCCGCCCAGAAGGCAGGCCAGUCUCUCUCGUCACGCUUUGGCUAUGGCCUCGGCAGCUCGACCAUGGGCGCCAGCGCUGCGGACGAUUUCUACCGCUCUUACAUGGGACGGCGAUAGAGGGAAUUAUGUAACAAGGUACAGGAUGGUUUAGGCAUGCUUUUCUUAUCCGCAAUUUAACCGCUGGAGUCUUUCAAUGGGAAUAAUGAUAAUCGCCAUGA